UCUUGGCGGAAAGAAAAAAAAAACCCAGCACGCUCCCCAAAGCAGUAGCCUCCUCUCCUUUAACCACAUUUUCUACUUUCUUCCUUACAGUAACACACACUUUCCUUACUUAGAAGAAAUCUAGUACUGCACUAGGGUUUCUUGUCUUCUCCAUAGAAGAGAACAGGGGAUUUUUUUCUAAGUGUACAAGGUUCACUGUUUGCAACAAUGAACAUCUUCAAGAAGAAAACUUCUCCUAAAGAGGCUCUCAGGACUAGCAAGAGAGAUAUGGUGGUUGCUACUAGAGGUAUUGAACGUGAAAUUGCAUCACUUCAACUGGAGGAGAAGAAAUUGGUGGCAGAGAUAAAGCAAACAGCAAAAACUGGAAAUGAGGCUGCUACUAAAAUCUUAGCCCGGCAACUUGUUCGACUUCGGCAACAAAUAACAAAUUUGCAGGGGAGUCGUGCCCAAAUCAGAGGUGUUGCUACUCAUACACAGGCGCUGUAUGCCAGCACUUCAAUCUCCACUGGAAUGAAAGGUGCAACUAAGGCAAUGGUGGCUAUGAACAAGCAAAUGGCUCCUGCAAAACAAGCUAAAGUGAUCAAAGAGUUCCAGAAGCAGUCAGCACAAAUGGAUAUGACGAUUGAGAUGAUGUCAGAAGCUAUAGAUGAGACUUUAGACAAAGAUGAGGCUGAAGAGGAAACAGAGGAGCUCACUAACCAGGUGCUUGAUGAGAUUGGUGUGGACAUUGCAUCUCAGUUAUCUUCAGCUCCAAAAGGUCGGAUCGCAUCAAAGAAUGCUCCUCCUAAUGCUGUUACAAGUCCUGAAUCUACCAAUGUUGAGGAUCUUGAGAAAAGACUGGCCUCUCUACGACCUUGCCCUAAAGACAUGAAGCUACAUAGAAGGGAAGAAAAGGAGACUUUGAGCAUCGGGACACCAUGUAUGAUCAUCAAAGCUAUUCAGCCCUUUCAUAAUACAUUCAAUCUUAUCUUUCUAAGCCCUCGAUUUCAUCAAUCUAUCAAAAAACCCACCUUGGUUUUUCCCUUAAAAAUCGAACUUCUUUCUUUUUUUGAAGCAAUUCAGAGAGAAAGAGGGAGAGGGAGAGAGAUGCAGAGCCAGGUGGUGUGUAGAGGGUGUAGAAGUUUAUUGUUAUAUCCAAGUGGAGCUACUAAUGUUUGUUGUGCUUUAUGUAGUACCGUUACCUCUAUUCCUGCUCCUGGGAUGGACUUGGCUCAACUCAUAUGUCGAGGUUGCAGGACAUUGCUAAUGUAUGCACGGGGGGCAACAACUGUGAGAUGCUCCUGCUGCCACAUAGUGAACUUUGCACCAGGACCUAACCAGGUUGCUCAUGUCAACUGUGGGAACUGCCAGACUACACUUAUGUAUCCGAAUGGUGCUCCAUCUGUCAAGUGUGCGGUCUGUCACUAUGUUACUAACAUUAGUACGGCUAAUGUGAGAGUUCCGCUUCCAGCAAACAGACCUAGUGGUAUAGGUGGAACAAUGCCGUCUACUUCAACAACUCAAACUGUCGUUGUGGAAAACCCUAUGUCUGUUGAUGAAAGUGGCAAAUUGGUCAGCAAUGUUGUUGUUGGUGUCACUACAGAAAAAAAAUAAUCCGGUGAGAUUUUGAUAUCUUGCUAUACUUUUAGUAGGAAAUGGCCCAGAUUCAUACUUGUUGUGAAGAAGGAUAUGAAAAUUCGUUAUGUAUAUUUUGUCUGAAAUAGCUAUGAGCAACAUUUGUUCAAAACCAUUUUGAAUACACGAGCUGUUGGUGAAAUUUGCAGUGUGGAUGUGUACAUUUUGAGGAUAUGAAGCUUUAGAGGGCAUUCUUUCUGUCUCUCUGAUUGCCGAACUGAAACAUCGUUACGUUUGUACUAAUAUCUGGUUGAGUGAAUGUGCUUGUAUCUUUCAAAGUGAACUAUCAUAUACUGUAUGCAUGGAAUGUGCUUAUUUGGUACUUCCGGAACCCUAGAUUCUUGAAGAUAAAUUCUGUAUAAUUGAGUGUUCUAUCAUUAAAAUCAUGUUUUAACCUUUCCAAA